AUGACCAGCGGCAGUGAAAGCCAACAGGAAGCUGUCGCUGCGAGACUGGGAGCCUCGAGCACCAAGACAAAGACAAGAUUAGGAUUCUGGAAUGUAACAACAAUGUUUAGUACAGGAAGGCUCGCGCAGAUCACCAGAGAGACGAAUGAAAAUAAACUUCACAUCCUUGGUAUUAGUGAGUGUAGAUGGGCAGGAUUUGGUUCACAGAGAACGCAAGGCGGCGAAACAAUUUUGUUUUCAGGCCGGAAUGACAACCUACACCGGCAAGGAGUAGCUCUCAUCCUGAAGAGGAGCGUGGAAAAGUCACUUCUUGAGUGGAAGCCUAUCAACGGGAGGCUAAUUAGAGCGAGGUUCUUUGGGAAGCAAGUGAAGAUGACUGUAAUUCAGUGUUACGCUCCAGCAAAUGAUGCUGAUCCUGAGCAAAAAGACAUCUUUUAUGAAACUCUUCAAGCUGAAGUGGAAAAUACUCCAUCACAAGACCUCCUGAUUGUUAUGGGAUAUACAUAG